AUGGCUCAAAGCUAUGCGGCCAGCGUUGAGAUUCACCGUCUGAAGAAGGACGGUACACUGGAUGAAGGUGCACCGAAGGUGUGCUUCAAGCGAGAUGGUCUUCGCUUCGAGUGCGAGCACACACUGAAACUGCUCGUCGACACGCACUAUGAGUUUGUGGUGAACGUCCGACCACCAAUGUCCAUACAUUCUGCCACCGUCAACGGCACCUCAGUGACCAUCGUCGACCUGUCUGAUCCGAAGAAGAGCCAGGCGCACAACAGCGGCGGUUGUGGUGGCGGUUGCGGUAGUACCUACUCCUUUAAGUGGGACACCACCAAUUUGGAGCCAGAUAAACGGAAAAAGCGAACUCCGUUGACCCUAGACCUGCACUUUCAGGGUAACCUGAAUAUGAUCAUGGCUCUGCAGGUGAAGCUGUACAAGCUGGAGGACGAGGAGCACCUCACCUGGGGCAACACCCUGGGGCGGGUGGACUUUGAGUACGAGCUGAAA